AUAAGUCUGAGAUCAAUGCACGCACUUAUGGCUUGACACUAAUAUUAGGCAGUAGCGCCCGUGCACGGGGGCCUGAGUCAUAGAACAAUCUUGUACUUUAAUCAUUAAAGGCAGAACCAUAACACUUCACAUACAUCGUUCCGCAAACCCUCAUCCCGAAUCCUGACAUGUCGGAUCAAUCACCAUGCUCGAUUCUUCCAUCGCCCAUCGAUAUUCCCCGCAUCACUUGUACGAAGCAAGAGUCGACACUCAAUUACUAUGGCCCUGUUGACGCUUCACUUGCACAGCAGGCGUCUAAAUUCCUCGUUAGCAAUACCGAUGGAGCAGAGCAGGAAGCAGAACCCAUGAUCAAGGCUUUCCUGGACGCUACGCACAAUGACUGUACUGGCCACGCAGAGGAGAAGAAAUCAUGCUGGCUUACCAUCCGCAUCACAAAGCCUAGUACCGCAUUCGAAAUCCCAAGGUGGCAUCAAGAUGGUCCUAUGUUUCCGUACGACCAAGGACGCGAAGACGCUGUGAGGAGCAAGUAUGCGCUCACGUUACUCGGGCCAUCUACGCUUAUGCUGGAGCCAGAUGAGAAUGUAUUCACGACGCACCGGAAAGCGGAAGCGCGGCAUUUUUGGUGGUGGAAUAAGGAUGAUGCGCCUGAGCCCUCGGAAGACGAGAUCUAUGAAGCAGAUGACAAAUUGCGGGAGUGUCUCACGAAUGAGUUCAAGAAUACCCCUAGAGUUCAGGUUGGACAUGGGCAAGUCGUGCGUUUCAGCUGGGGAAGAGAUGAUAGCCCAGUCCAUUCAGAGCCGGAUCUUGUUUCUGAUAGGGUCUUCAUGACUGUGCUGUAUGGAAGUGAAUCGGAAUUGCGAAAUAUGUGUGAGUGGAGAGAGGCUCAGUAUGGAGAGUACUGUGAAGAGUAGCUGCCAUUCUUCAACUUUUCUCAAUCUUGGUUCAUGAUUGAAAGAUAUUUGAGAUAUACGAGAAGGAUGUGGAAAGGCUUUUUGCUGCGUAAGCUCUUGUCUUGAAUGCGCUUCCUUUGGAUUUCCCCACGUUAUAUCCAGAAUUCAGAUGCAGCUUCUGACGAGCAUGCUAUUAUCGUUCGUGAAAUUAUAUCUUUUCCUUGGCCGCCGCUCUGUUCACAAAACGAAAACGAUAACCUCGAUCUCCAUUUUCAUAGGCAGCGCUGCCUUCGUCCUCAAACAAAAGACGAAAACUAAACGGGAUCCAGUAUUUUCCACUAUCUUUGGUCAUAUGUGCUUAUUGACAAACUGGAAAUCCUUCCAUCUGGGGGCGUCAGCAUGACCUAAGCACCAAAAUACCAAAGUUGUAAGGUGGGGCUGCUGCCUAAGAAUAUUCUCAUAUCAUCAUCCAACA